AUGCGCACGCGCAUUUGGGAGGACUCGGCCGCCAUGAGCGUCGUGAGCGUGCUGGGCUUCAUCAUGAACGAGGACGGAGAGGUCGUGGGAGCUGAGCGCACGCAGGUGCUGUGCAAGCUCAUGCCUUCCAUCCACACGCUGUCGCACCGCGCGAUUCUCGCGCUGCUAAUUAUGCAGCUCAGCGACGCCGACGCCCGAGUGUUUUAUGAACAAGGUGGACUAAAAGUGCUGAAUGCGUGGCUAGUAAACGGCGUCAGUCGACGCGAAGUUGGGCUGACCGAAGAGAAGAAGCGGAUCGAGUUGUUCUCCCAAGUGCGCGCGCUGCUACGGAUUCUAGACGUGAAUGUGCAAGCAGACGCAGAGCGGAAUCGAAACUCGUACCUCACCGAAACGUUUGCUAAGGUCAUUGAUCUUCUCGAUGGAGCUGGUUCAGAGUAUGCGGCCGAGUGCAGUCGCUUGAACAUUUACCGUCGCCACUUUGAAAGCUCCUGUGGUGUGCCCUCGACCGUCAAGGAUGGACCUACGAAAUCGCGGCAACCCGUCGGCAUUUCACCAGACGACAGCAGUUCUCGCAAGAGUAACAAGUUUUCUGGCGAAAACUUGCUGCAGCACUCUUUCACUUCUGCGUCGAUAUCUACACCGACGACGACGAGUGGCUCUGCGGCACCGCGAAACUCGACCAGCUCGGUGUCUUGUUCCAGUGCAGCGUCUACCACAACUUCGUCCAGCACAAGCACGACCGGUCAUAGAACCGCGCCUGCCUCUGUGUUGCAAUACCAAGCGAAGUCGUUCCUGCAGAAAGAUUCUGGUGCCGUCGAUGUUGCCACAGAAUACAUUGAAGACGAUGAAGAAGAAACGAUGGUGAUGGACGAGGGCUUGAUCACCAAUGUUAAUCAGGUGGCACUAAGCGCUUCUUUGGAACAGAAGAUUCGAGGGAAUGGGCACGCUAUGCACUACGGAGAGCGCUCGCCUUGCCGAAAAUGCAAGCGCAUGGUCUCAAAGCGAUGCACGCGCUGUGAGUUCUGUGCCAAAUGUGGCCAGAAGGAAAAGUGUGAACCAAUUAGCGUCGCCCCAUCCGUGCCAUCGCCACGCGAGAAUGGCGAAGGAAAGGCAGCAGCACGAAGUAGCGUUGGUGCCAAGUUGCUUUCGGUGAAGGACCGCAAUGUGCAAGUACUUGGCUCAGUCAUGGAUGCGGCCAUCUACCACGCGUUCCGUCAAGAAGACUUUCACUCUGUUUUCAGUUUGAUCCAGAACGGCAUGGACGUAAAUUUCCAGCGAAUUGAGUCUGAUCGUUCGUCGGCGUUGAUGGCAGCAGCACACCACGGUCGGGACGACGCCGCUAGUAAGCUGCUGAGCUUGGGUGCAAAUCCGUGUCUAGAAGACCGUACAGGCAACAAAGCGUGGAACUUUGCUGAGCGACGAGGGCACACGGAGCUAAUGGAAAAACUUAAGAAGUGCGGCGAGGAGUGGGAACAAAAGCACAAAGAUGCGGACGGUGACAAGUAG